AAACCCAAUGAUGCCCUUCAUUCCCCUUCAGUGACUGUCCAGUGCACCAGAGAUGGCCAGGUUGUGGUUGUGGUGUCCAGGAAUGCUACCAAACCCCAGCUGAGUCUGGAUUCGGUCAGUAUGCUUGGGGGUAGAAGUCCACCAUGCAACCCUGUCCGCACCUCCUCUGCCUUCACAAUGUUCAAAUUCCCAGUCAGUGCCUGUGGCACCACUAUGAAGCGUGACGGCUCUGAUGUGGUGUAUGAAAAUCUCAUGUCUGCCUCUAUUGAUGUGAGGACUGGGCCCGGGGGCUCCAUCACAAGGGACAGCACUUACACGCUGCUGUUGCAGUGCCGCUAUGCAGGGAACAAAUCUGUUCCUCUGCAGGCUGUGGUCUAUACCAUUGCUCCUCCCCCUCCAGUAGUGGCACAAGGACCUCUCCGUGUGGAACUCCGAAUUGCGAGAGAACAAUCUUACGGCUCCUACUACACCUCUCUUGACUACCCCAUCACUUAUGCCCUCCGGGAGCCUGUGUAUGUUGAGGUUCGCAUCUUGGAGAGGACGGACACCAACAUUGUCCUGACUCUGGAUGACUGCUGGGCUACUUCCACCCCCAGCCCUCUUGGCAAGCCCCAGUGGAACCUUCUGGUUGAUGGGUGCCCAUACAGAGAUGACAACUACCUGACCAGUUUGGUUCCUGUUGAUGCUGCCACCUCCAGACUACCGAACCCCACGCACUACAAGCGGUUCGUGCUCAAGAUGUUCACCUUUGUGAAUCCUCUCUCGCGACGGGCCUUGAAGGAAAUGGUGUACGUACACUGUAGUGCAGCUGUGUGCUAUCCUUCUGCUUUGGGGUCCUGUGAUGCCAACUGCCCUAAACCAAGGACCCUCAGGGACUCGCCCCUGCAAAUGAUGAGAGAGGAAGCUGCUCCUUCAAAGCAGACUGCAGUGGCUUCCAGUGGAGCCGUGAUCCUGACUGCCCCAGAUGCCCGUGCUUUAGAGAGCUGGGAUUUUGAAAGCGACAUUUCCCAGCCCCUCGGUUAUGGUUUGAUGGGAGUUGCAGCUUCUGUUGUGCUUGUGGUUUUUGUCCUGGUGCCGGUAGCUCUAUGGAGAUGGAGACCUCGGGCGGAAGAAACAAAACUGUAAAUGGAGCUUAUUGUAUUAAAUAAAAACAUAACAGGUCCUUGUCUGCUCCUCUCUUUUUUGAAGUGUUGUCCCUCUCUGGGGUAUGCAGAUUAAAGUUUUGCCUUUACAGAUAUUACAUUUUGGGUGUGUUGAAAUAUUAUUGCAUACCAGUGGGAAUAUGUGACUUCAGUCUGUUUAAUCUAAAGUCACUCCCAAAAAUCUAUUUUCAAAAAUCUAUCAAGAUAAAUAUUUCAACUCUCGAUCCCGUUUUAGGUGGGAGCUAUAUAAGGGAAGGGGGACCUCUUUAAUUUUAUUUUUUGGAAGUAUCUAUCAGCGCAGGUACUGUCUUGUAGGGCUGUUUUUUUGGGGGGAGGAAAGAGAGAGAAACCACGAGUUUUACACGUCUACCCUGCGUUUGUUUAAAGUCUUUGCAAAGCUCAGGAGCGAAUUCUCCACAUCUUGACUGGUGUGAGUGUUCCGUUAGGUCGAGCACGUUACCAACAAAACCAAAACGUUAUUGAAUAACACGUUGAAACGACACGCUCGUCUACAUGCCGAAACAAAGGCAACCCACGACCUUAAUACGACAGAAUAGAAACACAAAUACCGCUGGUAAAGUAGUUUACACAAGAUCACUACAGCACUGAGGGCAAUGCAUUUCAAGCCUAAAUCCCCUUCAAUGCAACCCUCACGCAAGUUUUUAUACGCAUCUCCUGUCUUCUUCAAUGGACUGCCACCGUGUAAAUGUUGCGUAAAGCUUGGUGAAUACACCUUGCUACUUUACGUUGUUAGCGGAUCGCUACAUCAUGGUGGAAAGCUGUCCGUGCAGCGCUCGCGGUUAUUAAUAGAAAAGAAAGUAUACUUUUUAUCUGUAUAUAUUUAAGGACUGACAGGUGUUUCUUAAUAUAUGCUACAAAACAAUGCAUUACAAUAUAUCGUGGCAAAUAAGGCAGGGACUGUGUUUUUUCGCGGAGGGGUAGGAGUGGUCUGCGGAAGCGCACGCAGUAUAUCAAAGUGUCCCUGCGGAAGAGGAGUCUCUUUAUUGUGCAGAGGACAGGGGCAGGGGCUCCGUCUGUUAAAAUGUUUAACAAAACAAAAACAAAGGCAGGAACUGUGAAUGUUAGAUUUGCAAGGUAGCGAGCCGACCCUUAAAGGCGGACCGGCAUUAUAAUAAACUGUGUUAUUUAUUCCCAGCCGUGUUAUUGAAAUGAGGCGCUGGAAGAGACAGCUUGACUCGCCUGUGAUGAACAGAAACCGAGGACAGCUUCUCAAGAGCAGGGUAUCCAUAGCAGGACUGUCCGUCUGAAGACUGCUGGGCUUUUGUUGUCGCAGGUGAAAUCCAAUCUUGACAGCCACCACGUUACGUGAAGAGAGACCUGUCUGUAACGUCCUGUCCAUUCGACCGAGAACGGGAGUAUAUAUGCAAUUGUGACGUCAGUCCUGUAAUCGCACGGUUUUCUAUUGUUGCGAUUAAGCUGUGAGCGUUCUAAUAUUAUUAUUAUUAAUAAUAAUAAUCCCGAGACGAGCAUGCUCAAGGUGCGAUGUUCCACAGACAGUGGCUUUGCUGGAGUGAUUCUGAAUAUGCGCUUUUGUAUUUUUGUUAGCCGGUCAGAAAU